GUCUAUAUAGUUAUUUAACAGGUCAAAAUGUAGGUCACUCAUUUUAGGUUUAAAACUUUGUUUAAACAGUUAAGCUACUUUAAGUUUUAAAUACAGUAAUAAGAUUCGCUCUGGAAGUAUAUGGAUUUCAGUAAUUAAUUGACAUCAAAAUGGCACAAUUUAUUGGAAAAUGGGAAGGUGACGGAAGCUCAUACACAAAUUAUGAUGAAUUUGCAAAGGCAUCUAAAAUACCUAGUGAAUAUGUUGAGGAGUUCAGAAAUGCUAAAUUUGAGGUAGAUUUCAAAAAAGAUGGCGACAUGUGGAUUUGUGAUAUUAAAAGCACAGCUGGUCCAGAUAAAACAUACAAAUUCAAGUCUGGAGAGGAAGUGACAGAAACUGAUAUGUUUGGAAAGGGAGUUAAGUAUACUAUCACCGUCGAUUCUGAUACCAAAAUGACAGAAGUGGAAUCAGGUGAAGCCACUGGUUGGGAGACAUUGACAAUAACACGGGUUGUUACCGGCAAGAAAAUGCUAGAGACAAUCAAACUGGAAGAUGGUACAGCAAUGACAAUGACAUUAAUAAAAGUAUCCUAAAGUAUGAUAGACCAGGAAAUGUUAUAAGACCGCUGUUGUUGGAUAGAUAGAAUAAAAGAACGGCUAACAAAUUUGGUCUACGGUUACUAUAUAUAACUAUGUUUUAUGAAUUAAACUAUUCUAUUUAUGUAAACAAAAUUAGAUAUGUAUUUUUUGUCAUUAAAGCUUUUCACUUUU